UUUUUUUUUAAGAUUUAUUCAUUUAUUAUAUAUAAGUACACUGCAGCUGUCUUCAGACACACCAGAAGAGGGCAUCGGAUCCCAUUACAGAUGGUUGUGAGCCACCAUGUGGUUGCUGGGAAUUGAACUUAGGACUUCUGGAAGAGCAGUCGGGGCUCUUAACCGCUGAGGCAUCUCUCCAGUCCCCUCAAAGCAAAUCUUAAUUGUGUUAAUUGGAUACUUGACUCUCAGUUGGCUAGAGAUCAACCAGACUCCGGUGUAGGCAACCCUUCCCUUGCUUCUUUAACUUUCUCGUGUGUGGUCUUUCUAUCCUGAUUCCACAUAACCAGUAAGAGUGAGAGUAGAGACAUUUGUGGCCGUCUUUGGCUACCACACUGAAGUAAUGCACCCUAAGAAAGUGGAAUCACUCCAGAAAUCUCUUGCUGGAAGAAAAAAAAUGUGCCCGAGUUCUGGGGGCAGCCAGAAACUACAGAAAGAUUUGCAACUUGUCAAGGGAGGCGGACCUGGAGAAGCAAGUUGGAUCUGAGGUGACGGGUCACAGUUUCCUUAAACUGCAUACCUCUUGCCUUCCCUCAUGUUAGAUUUAGAAGAUGAGGAGUCCCUGGGUCUCUUCCUCCAGUGUGGCCCCACUGAUAAAUCUUUUUCUGCUUUUCAGUCUCAGUUUGAAGACAGGUGGCCAACCCUGGCGUGUAAAGGUUGCCAGUGGCCAUUUCACCUCUCCGAGGCUAUGAAGCACUGUGUCUUCUUGUGUCUGCUAACACAGCGUUACUCAAAGUCUCAAGUUUUCCCAGCCACUCUCACCAGAGGCUUCCACGCUGAUGCUGGUCAGAGAGAGGAAGACCGGAACUGUUCGGCCUCCAGGUGGUGCUCUAGGCCGCUCCUCCACGCUCUAUGCUCUUCCUUCGCCCCGGAAGUGAUUUGUAGACCGGGGUUAGUGAGGUCGGGCCAUGGUGGGGCAGAGGUUGUUAAGAUGGCGUUGUAUAGUUGGGUACAGCGAGGCUGGCGCUGCGGUCAGACGUGGGCGCCUCUCUUGGGUGGCGGCUACCGGGAGCUCUCUGCGACCCAGGCCCGGCAGCUGCUUGGACGCAGGUUUAACCUACUUCUUCAGCAAAAAUGUGGAUUUAGAAAAGCACCGAGGAAGGUGGAGCCUCGAAGGUCAGACACAGGGUCAAGUGGAGAAGCAUACAAGAGAAGUGCCUUGAUCCCACCCCUGGAGGAAACAGUCUUUUACCCUUCCCCCUACCCUUUCACAGGCUGUGCAUUUGGUUCAGCUGCUAUUUGGCAGUAUGAAUCACUCAAGUCCAGGGUUCAGAGUUAUUUUGAUGGCAUAAAAGCUGACUGGUUGGAUAGCAUACGGCCACAAAAGGAAGGAAACCUCAGAAAGGAGAUUAACAAGUGGUGGAAUAGCCUAAGUGAUGGCCAGCGGACUGUGACAGGUAUCAUAGCUGCGAAUGCCCUCGUAUUCUGCUUAUGGAGAGUGCCGUCCCUGCAUCGAACCAUGAUCAGAUACUUUACAUCCAACCCAGCAUCAAAGGUUCUUUGUUCCCCAAUGCUGCUUUCCACGUUCAGUCAUUUCUCCUUAUUCCACAUGGCAGCUAACAUGUAUGUUUUGUGGAGCUUCUCAACUAGCAUCGUGAACAUUCUGGGUCAGGAGCAGUUUGUGGCAGUGUACCUGUCUGCAGGUGUUAUUUCGAAUUUUGUCAGUUAUGUGUGCAAAGUUGCCACAGGAAGAUACGGACCUUCACUUGGUGCGUCAGGCGCAAUCAUGACUGUGCUUGCAGCUGUCUGCACCAAGAUCCCGGAGGGGAGACUCGCCAUCAUCUUCCUCCCUGUUUUCACCUUCACUGCAGGCAAUGCCUUAAAAGCCAUCAUUGCCAUGGAUACAGCUGGGAUGAUCCUGGGAUGGAAGUUUUUUGAUCAUGCAGCACAUCUUGGGGGAGCCCUCUUUGGAAUAUGGUAUAUCACGUAUGGACAUGAACUCAUUUGGAAGAACAGGGAGCCUCUAGUGAAAAUCUGGCACGAAAUAAGGACUAAUGGCCCCAAGAAAGGAGGUGGCUCUAAGUGAGGCAAAGCUGGCCUGUCUGGUGGUGCAUCUGAUCCUUGUUGCUCGGAAGUCUCAGCAUCGGUCACCCCGGUGAUUUAAAUGUCCUCAGUACGUCUCCUUCAAAAAUUAUGGCAGAGUUGUGAAAUAAAUGUUUAUAUCUCUAGUUUGUAAA